AUGCCGGAAUUACAUCUACGCCAGUUCCAUGCUGCCGUUAUUUUGCGGAUGUAUGACCAAACGAAAGAGGCGAAGGCUGGUGACCUCAAUGCCACUCAAAUUGAUCGUAUAAAAUCUGCUGCCGUCCAUUUUGAUCGGAUGCUCACAAAUCAUGAGGCUUUGGUUGCCGCAGCCAAGGAGGAGGACUUAAAGGUACAUUCAGGAUGGUGGGACUCCACCGAAGCUGCCUACAUAGAUUUGUGCGCAGCGCUGAAUCAACGACGAAAGGAGUUGGAGGGUGAAUCUCUGCCUGCCAACAAUUCGCACAAAGUUUCGCCAAUGGAAUUAAAAUUAGAGCCGUUUUGCAUACCAUCGUUUGGCGGAUCCGCUUAUAAGUGGCUUGGAUUUAAGGAUGCAUUUGAGACAUUGGUUCAUCAGCGGGAUUUGCCGGUGGCAUACAAGUUGGAGAAAUUGCGCCAGGCAGUUAAGGCAGAGUCGGUUCCGUUGGUAGGUUUGUAUUCGGGUGGCUAUGAAGGAGUGUGGACGGCGCUGAAAAAUCGAUAUGACAACCCUAAGCAAUUAGCGGAGAUCCACGUUGCUAGAUUUCUGAACAUGAAGUCACAGACUGAGGAUACGUCCCGGGCGUUACUGGGUGUCGUUGAUGUGGUAAACGAGUCCUUGCGAGCGUUAGCGGUAAUGAAGUUAACUGUCGACAAGUGGGAUGCCCUUGCCGUCCCCAUUGUGGUUUCUAAACUCUCUACUCGCACACAGCGAGAAUGGUGCAUGAAUUGCUCCCCUACCGAGCUAUCCACUUUAAAUGAGUUGCUAGCAUUUUUAGAAAAACGAGCGCACAGUCUUUCGACAGAAUUUUGCCAGGUAGCGGAUCAUCAUGAAGUGCUGCAUUCUUCGUCAAAGCAGAAAAACACACUCCGUCUUCUAAAGUCUAACCUCGCCACAACUGAUGAUGGCAAAUGUCAACAAUGUAGAGGAUCACACAAGGUUAAGCGUUGUGCGGUGAUUCUAGCUUUGAAACCACAGCAACGUUUUGAAGCUUUAAAGCGAUCGAACCUAUGCUUAAACUGUUUGCGGUCCGGGCAUUCAUCCAAGCUUUGUUCCUCUGGUAACUGUCGCCAGUGCGGCCACAGACAUCAUACCAUUUUUUGCCGCCACAAAUCACAACAACCUAUUUCAAGCAACGAGCGUCGAAAAGGGAAGCCAGACUGUUCUAUUAGCUACAGCACGUGCCCACGUCAUCGGCAAGGAUCUCAAGCAACGGGUGUCUCGUGUAUUAUGCGAUCCUGGAUCUCAAUUACACCAGCGGUUAGUGUCGAUAUUUGGCAAUGGAGACAUUUGGCAAAUCUCCAAUUGGCACACCCAUAUUUUGGUACUCCGGGUCAUGUUGAUGUACUUCUUGGUGCCGAUGUCUGGGGUUCGAUUGUAGAAGGGGAUGUCAUACAUGGAGGGUAUGAUGAACCUCACGCACAGCUUACCCGACUUGGUUGGGUUGUAUUUGGGCCAGCGUCCGUUCAGGGCCAUUCUAGUACAACAGGUGGCAGUUAUUGCCCGCAGAUUAGAGACGAGUCUUACUUGGAGGAUCUCAUUUGUAAUUUUUGGAAGCUGGAAGAAGUACCGGUGACAACUAAGAGCUCGGAUGAUCAAUGCGAGCGGUUCUUUGCCAUUACACACCAACGUAUGGCCGACGGACGCUAUGUUGUGAGAUUGCCAUUCCGUCAAGAUAGUCAAUCAUUAGGCGACUCUUACGUCAACGCUCGACGUCAGUUCUGGCGUUUGGAGCGACCCAUUCAAGAUUCGUUAAUCAACAUUAUCCUCCGCUUCCAACGCUAUGCCAUCGCGAUCACAGCCGAUGUGGAGAAGAUGUUUCGCCAGGUUCUCGUGACACCACAAGACAGAGAAUUUCAGCGUAUACUUUAG